CUCAGUCCCACGGAUGAGAUGACCCCCCCACCCAUACCGUACAUCAUUGCCAGAGCGACCAUUCCUCUUUUUCCCCCCCAAGGAGCUCGCUGGUCAUUAGUCUGAGUUUCUUAAAUCCGAUUGUCUCUCACGCCCUUCCAACAACACCGGCUUUCGACGAGAUCAACGCUGCGGCCCCAGUGCGCACGGCAGCAGAGCGAGGGGUUGACGGACUUGUGGGCGCGCGAGUACCACACAGAGCUCAGAAAACACCAUCAAGAAUCAGCUUGGAGAUUCUCUGCGCCACAAUCCUUCGACCUGGUGUGGCCCUGAAUUGGGAAUUCAGAACCGGAACCCAGACAGAAAAAGCUUCCAGGAAACACCCCUUCUUCGCCCAGCGCAUAGCAGCUUAUUGCCACCUCCAGACCGUGUCCGUCUUUUUGUCGAACCUCGCAUCAAACAUUUGAUAUGGAAGGCUCGGGUCAACCGACCUCUUUGUCGAAUUCGCCAAACCCGGGGAGUCCGGUCGAGUCUCCCGCCGACAACCUCCCAAAUGACUCCUUGCACACUCAUGCUGCAACCAGUCACCAUGGGCACUCACCGCGACCGCAUACUCACCCUGCCUACCCUGGUGCGUCCGUGUAUACACCCACAGACACCCCCUCCGAGCGCCUGAAUCCUCGAAGCUGCGUAACCUGUCGGAGGAGGAAGGUCAGGUGCGACAAGCACAUGCCAUGCUCGAAUUGUCGAAGAGCGCAGAUCCCGUGUAUUUUCCCGGCACCUGGUCGCGCGCCUCGCCGGCCACGUCCUAAAGACCCCAAUGCGCCACCCAAGCAGCCUUCCAGCGAGCGCGAGAUCGAGCUGAUGAAGCGAUUGCGAAAAUUGGAGGGCAUUGUCGAGGAAUUGAGCGGCCAGAUCGAAAUAGAGACGGCAAAAAACAACUCGAGCACCGGAAAUUCGCCCGAUGCUGCGGCUAACAACGGAGGGGAGUAUUAUACCCCCAGCUCGGGACACCGGAUCGAGAGGGCCGACAGUAUUGCUGCUGGUAGCUCGCACAGCCAAGGGUCACCAAUGGGGCAGAGUGAUGGCAGGCCGUCGCCAUUCAACUUCAAUUCCAGUUCUUCGGCCAACGUGCCUCAGCGGCAGGAUAGUAUGAACAAGAAAUUUGGCAGGUUGGUCAUAAACGACCAUGGCAAGACCAGAUACGUCAGCAGUGUCUUCUGGUCCAAGAUCACAGACGAGCUCGACGAGAUACGGAACGAGACGCAGCGGCUGACGGACGGGGAGUCCGAUGUUUCUGACGAUGAGAGCCUUGUAGCUCCAGCCACAACCCGCAGCAGCGGUGAUCACCACGCAUUCGUCUUCGGAUACAGAUCAGCCGACGUCGACCUAAGGGCCCUCCAUCCUCUCCCAUCACAGAUCCCCUACAUGUGGCAACUGUACCAGGAAAAUGUGGAUCCUAUCGUCAAGGUGAUACACAUUCCAACCGUUGACAAGCUUGUCAAGGAGACGAGGAAGAAUCUCGAUAAAUUGGGCCCGGCCAACGAGUGUCUCAUGUUUGCAAUUUACUUUGCUGCUAUCACCUCGAUAGACGCGGCUGAUGUGCAAACAAAUUUCGGGGUUGAGCGUGAUGAGCUCAUAAGCAAAUACAGAUUCGCCCUGGAGCAGGCCCUCGCCAAGGCCAAUUUCAUCACCACCUCAGAACUGGUGGUCCUUCAGGCCUUCAUAGUGUUCCUUGUUCUCGUCAGGCGCCACGAUGAUACCAGGUUCUGUUGGACCCUGACAGGUCUUGCUAUUCGAAUCGGACAGUCUAUGGGUCUCCAUCGUGACGGGACAUAUCUUCCCGGGUUGACCCCCCUCGAGAUUGAGAUGCGACGAAGGCUUUUCUGGGCUCUCUGCAUUCUAGACCUACGAUCAGCAGAGGACCAAGGAACUGAGCUUACCAUUGCGGACAAGACGUUCGACACCGAACUCCCGCUCAACAUCAACGACACCGAUCUCACAGACGAGACAACAGAGAUGCCGAAGCCUCGACAGGGCGUGACGGAUAUGACCUUUUCUCUCAUACGCUACGAAGUCUGCGCCGCCGCCCGACGCCUCUAUGUUGUGUCCUCGUCUUCUCCUGUGCAAUGUCCCCGGGACAUUGCCAUCUCCCUGGAGGAGCGCGAAAGCAUGGUGAGAGCCAUAUAUGAGAACGUGGAGGCGAGGUACUUUAAAGACGCGUCCACGUCGUGCAACGCCCAGCUGUGGACAGCCGCCAACAUUGCGCGCGUCAUCGUGGCCAAGAUGACCCUCGUCAUCUACCAACCAGUGCUCUUACCCGGUGCUGACGGCCAGGUGCUCUCCGACGAAAUACGAGAACGCAUCUUCACCGCCGCUACCGAGAUUUUCGAGUACAAUCACCAGCUUAACUCGGACCCGAGGUCGAGACAGUGGAAGUGGCUCUUCCAGACAUAUACGCAGUGGCACGCAGUCGCCUAUGUCCUGAUGGAAAUUGCUCGCCGCCCUUGGGCCGCCGGGAUAGAGCGCGCCUGGACAGCUCUCAACUCUGUCUUCGCCAACCCUUCGCCGGACGAUCUGGGACGCAUCGCUGGGCAUCAGGCGAUGUGGCUACCACUGAAGAAGAUCUAUCUCAAGGCCAAGAAGCAUCGCGAGACGGAGAUUGCGAGGCUCAAGGCCGAUCCAGACGCGGCACAACAGCUUGAGAUCCAGGAGCGGAGCAAAGCACCGGUCCCGCUCAGCUUUGCCGCCAUGC